UCUGCGCCCUCACUUGAGCCUGCCAGAAUUAAACCUCAACAUGUUCUGCCUUUAAGGACUGCUUCACAACAAGCUGCCAGAAUGAUAAAAAAAACAAACAAAAAAACAUUUCCAAGCAGGAAGGACUUCAAUCUCUUGCUGAUAAAUCAUGUGUGAAAGGAAGAAGAAGCCACAGUGAGAAAAUGGCUUCUCACAAAUCAAAGACUGGCACCAAGAUAAAUGUUACAAAGGCAGCAAAGGAGUCCAGUCCAGUGGAUGAAUAUGUCACACCUGGGGGCUAUGAGCUGGAGAAAAUCCUAAACCGUGGGAGUGUGGCUUACACUCAUGUCAACGAGGUUUGGCCCAAUGUCUACAUCGGGGACGAGCAAACUGCAAAGGACAAGUGCAAUCUGAAGAGGUUGGGGAUUACGCACAUCUUGAAUGCAGCAGAGGGGACGUGGAACAACGUGGACACCGGAGCUGGUUACUACAGUGACAUGGACGUCGUUUACUGUGGUGUGGUAGCAGAAGACGUCACAACAUUUAACCUCAGCCAGUAUUUCCACUCUGCUGCCCGGUUUAUAGAAGAAACAUUGAGCAAUCCUCAGAGUAAACUGCUUGUGCACUGCGUGAUGGGAAGAAGUCGGUCCGCCACACUUUUCCUCGCUUACCUCAUGAUCUGUGAGAACAUGACGGUGGUCGACGCCAUCGAGCGCGUGAAGAAACGCAGGAGGAUCAUCCCCAACUGGGGCUUCCUGAAACAGCUAAGAGAGCUGGACAUGCAGCUCCUGGAGAAACGGGAAGAGGGUACAGAGCUGAGCUGACUGUAGGAAGUUGAUCCUCAGGUCUUAGGUCAAUGGAGACAAAUUCAAGUUGGGUUUCAAGUCAUUUGAGACAAGUCCUAGUAAAGUGCCAGAUCUAUCACAGUCCAAUUUAGUUCUGAAGUCCAAGUCGACUUUCAAGUCAUUAGUGAAAAGUCAAGUCUUAAGCCAAGUUUCAAGUCAACUUUAAGUGAAACAAAUCCAGAUUAAAAAUCAAGCAGUGUAAAUCUCACCAAGUCUCAAAUCAUGUCACUAAUCUAAAUAACUAAAUAAGUCAUGAUGCAAGAUUAAGUCUCUGAAUGCUGUUCAUGAAAAUGACACAGCAUUUGAACAUUUUCCCUUUAAUGUGUUAACCAUGUUUUUUCAUAUUAAGUGAGAGCAAUUUAUUUUAUUGCAGAGGUGUAAUGAUUAAAUAUUUGAUGUGCCUGGC